AUGGUUGACCUCCAAGCGCGGAGUAGCAGUGGCACCGUGCAACCGCCGCUCUCCCAGGCUGUCGGAUAUGUCAUUGUGGUCAUUGUUGGGUUGGUCAUCGCCUUUGCGAUGAUGUUGGUGACGCGGUUCCUCAAGCAGACCGCUGGAGAGGACAACAGCAGAACAGAAAUGUUCAUGACUGCGAAUCGGUCGGUUCGAAGGGGACUCACUGCUUCGGCAGUCAUAUCGUCAUGGCUCUGGACGACAGCCCUGCUAGGAUCGUCUUUCGUCGGAUACGAUUAUGGUCUGUCGGGUCCAUUCUGGUUCGCUGCCGGGUGCAGUCCCAUGAUUGUGUUCUUUGCCUUGCUCGGAAUCUCCUGCAAGCGCAAGAUCCCCGAGGCUCAUACGUCGCUCGAGGUGGUACGCAUUCGAUAUGGACGAGCGGCGCAUAUUGUAUAUAUGGCGCUGUGUCUGGUCAACAACAUCUUCGCGUGCGCCAACAUGUUGUUGGGCGCCGCUGCCGUCGUCUCUGCCAUGACCGGGAUGCAUGUCAUCGCAGCAACUUUCCUGCUUCCUCUCGGUGUUACAAUCUACACUUUUGUGGGAGGCAUCAAGGCGACAUUCUUAACGGACUACUUCCACACGGCCAUCAUCUUGAUUAUCGCCUGCUAUUUCUCUAUCAAAGCCUUCACAUGCGAGGAGAUCGGAUCCAUCGAGGGUCUCUACAACCUGGUGGCGACAGCAGCCCAGCACCAUCCGGUGUCAGGAAACCCUCAAGGGUCGUAUCUGACCAUGACAUCCAAGGGGGGCAUCUUGUUUGGUAUCCUCCACAUCUGCUCCAACUUCGGCCUCGUCAUCAUGGACACUAGUUACUUUAUCAAGGCCUUCGCCGCUGGACCGUCUGCCGUCGUUCCGGGAUACACCAUCGGUGGCAUCGCCUAUUUCGCGAUCCCGUGGGCCCUAGGCACCAUCAUGAGCUCGGUGGCAGUUGGGCUCGAGAGCCAUCCCAGCUUCCCCACCUAUCCCCGGCGAAUGACUUCGAGUGAAGUCAGUGGUGGUCUAGUCUUGCCGUAUGCCGCUAUGGCGAUCGCCGGAAAAGGAGGCGCCGCGGCCGUGCUCCUCAUGACCUUUAUGGCCGUCACCUCGACACUCUCCGCCCAAGUCAUCGCCGUCAGUUCUAUCCUCAGUUUCGACGUCUACCGAGAGUACUUCAACCGCAACGCCACCGACCGCCAGAUCAUCCGCGCCAGCCACUGCGGUGUUAUCUUCUUCGCCGCUUUCUCGGCCGGCUUCAGUACUAUGCUCCACUACGUUGGCGUCAACCUCGGCUGGACCCUAUACAUGCUCGGCGUUGUAACCUGCCCCGGCGUCUUCCCAAUGGCAUUCACCAUCCUCUGGCGCCGCCAAAGCAAGCCAGCUGCCAUCCUCGCUCCGGUCAUGGGCUUCGCCACCGGCAUCGCCGUCUGGCUGGGCACAGCGCACCACUUCGCGGGCUCCGUCUCUGUAGCCGCCACCGGUGAGAUUCUUCCUUGCGUCUACGGUACCGUCGCAUCCGCCUGCUCGCCCAUCCUCUACUCUGUCGUCAUCACCGCCAUCCGGCCCCAGAACUACGACUGGACAGAGUUCAGCAAGGAGAAACUUGCCCUCGAGAAGCUCGACGCAAACCUCACUACUGUGCACCACGAACACAAGGAGACGGCGUCCUCGGUCCCCUCUUCGGACGCUGGUGAUCGCUUGGAAGAUGGCCCCGAGGCACAGGCCUUACUCGAGGCUAAGGACUUGAAGCGUUGGGGCCGCAUCGCUGCGUUCUGGUCUAUUGCUACGUUCUUAGGUCAUUGGGUUAUCUGGCCGCUGCCUAUGUAUGGCUCGAAAUAUGUCUUUGAACGGAAGUUCUUCGCUGCGUGGGUCGUCGUCUCUAUCAUCUGGUUGUGGUUGACCAUGCUCGUCGCCAUCUUCUACCCUGUCAUCGACGGCGGGUUCCAGCAGAUUUCCGAGACUUACCGUGUGUGGAGGAGUGGUGCUGGGGCGCAGCAGAAGCAGACGGUCGACGAUUCUUCUUCGCCGUCUCUUAGUGAAGCGGCCCCGGAGGGUCCGAAGGGUGAGGGGCAGCAUUGA